GCAACCAUCACCAGAAUAUUUCCGUUUCUUUCUGUUCAUCCUUCCUCGUCUCCAUCUACGCGCGAUCUGCAGUAUAUAUGGCUUCGUACGACGAGUGGAACAAAGUCGACGACGACGAUGACGAGGAGCUCCAAGAUGCCUCAAUGUUCGAGGGAAAAAGAGAUGUUAUUCUGUUUGCAAUUGACUGCUCAGAAUCCAUGCUCGCACUGCACGACGAUCCGGUCUACGAAGACGUGCAGACUUCUCGUUUCCUGACAGCUCUUGAAGCUGCUAUUCAAAUCCAGAAGAAAAAGGUCGUCGUCGGUCCGAACGAUGCCGUUGGUAUCAUGCUGUUCAAUACGACACGGAACAGUGAACCAAUUAGUCAAGGGGUCGAAAUCAAGCCGGGUAGCUUCUUGUUCCAACCCAUUGAAACCAUCAGUGCUCCAAAGGUGCAGGAGCUUAUCCAGCUGGUAGAUGCCGCCAGAGGAGACACCAGUUACCUGAAGGAGACGUUCCCACCUGUGCAAGGGAACAGAAUGGCAGUGGGGGACGUGUUUACUAGUUGUAACUGGAUCAUGCGAGAUGGGGCACCUAAAACUGCGACCAAACGAGUGUUUCUCAUCACCGACGAAGAUAACCCUCACUCAGGACCGGGCAGAGACCGUCUAUUGACCGCUGCCCGUACUACUCUUGUCGACCUCGUUCAAGCGGGCAUCGUGGUCGAGCCUUUCUUUAUCAGCUCAGAGGACAAGCUCUUUGAUUUGUCAAAGUUCUAUUCAUCUGUUCUCUUGCCGACAAAUAUCAUUGACGACGAUGAGGCCGAGCCGGGGGUGCUCCCGGAGACGGUCUCCAUCACAAGGAUCGAGGACCUACUGGACCAGAUGAAGUUCCGCGAGGUCCCAAAGCGUGCCUUGUUCAGCGUUCCGUUUGAACUUGCCGAGAACUUUGUUAUCGGCGUGAAGGGGUACGGCCUGGUCACGGCACAGAAGAAGGGGUCCUACAGGUAUUUUGUUGAUCUGGGCGAUAGGAUGGAGUUGGCAGAGUCCCGGACCGUCUGGUUGCAAAAGGGGGGCAAAGAGGUGCCGAAGGACGAGCUCCUCAGUGGCAUGGGUCUCGGCGAGGCUGUCGAAGGCAAGAAUACAAAGGACCGCAUUGACGAGGAUGUCAAACAUAUGCGAUUGACGGACAUCGGCCUGCAGACGUUCUACACCGCUGAUGAAAUCAGGUCCUUCCGAACUCUCGGGUUGGAACCGAAGAUCAAGUUGCUUGGAUUCAAAGACUACGAUGCACUGGCUUUCGAGGAUAAUAUCAAACACUCGUAUUUCAUCUAUCCAGAUGAGAUGACUUUCUCUGGGAGUAAGCGGACAUCCAACGCCCUGCUGAAAACGAUGGCCAAGAAGAAAAAGAUUGCGCUAGUGCUUACACUCAUGAGACGGAACGCCACUCCCGUCUUUUGCGCCAUGCUCCCUCAGGCUGAGGUGCGCACAGAGGAUGGUGCCCAGAGCGAUCCGCCCGGAUUCCAUCUCAUUCCCUUGCCAUACGCCGAUGAUAUGCGAGCGGUUCCUGAGCAGUUCCUCGAUGCUGAACGAGCUUCCGAUGAGCUGACGGGGAAAGCUGCUCCGUUCGUCGCAAAGCUGGCCGUCAAAGACGGGUAUUCACCAGAUUCUUAUCCCAACCCAGCUCUGGAGUUCCAUAAUGCUCAGCUGCAAGCCAGUGCAUUCCGUGAAGAGUUUGACCCUGAGACCUUCGAGGAUCUGUCUUUGCCCAACUAUGACAUGAUUCACAAGCGAGCCGGACUCAUGAUGAAACAGUGGAAGGAGGCUCUUCUUGCAGAUGAUUCCGCGACCAUUGUUGUCGCUUCGUCUACAGGAGCCAAGCGCAAGGCCAAGACCACUACUGCAAGCACGAGUGAGGAAGAAGUGCGUGGGUUCUACCAAAAUAGUGAGCUGAACAAGCUCAAAGUUGACCAACUCAAGGACUAUCUCAGGAGCAAGGGCCUAUCAACUGCCGGGAAGAAGGCGGACCUCGUUGACCGGGUGAGCGAAUGGUUAGAUGAACACUCUGGAUGACGACGACACCGAUCUCCGAAACAUUGAAUUCGACGGCUGGCUCUCAUGAGCUCGUCGCGGGACCGCACUCUGCCGCGACUUCGAACCAUUUCCGCCGUGCUUCAAACCUUUUACCACUCUCAUCUUGAAGGCUAAACCAUACAAAGUUAUAUUGUCGCCCACCGCUGCGAGAUCUUUGAAUAGUUCAUCUGCAUGGCCGCUCGCUCCCAUUCAACAGGGCAAUGUCUUCGACCAUUCCCAUGCAAGUGCAAGGCACGAAGAACCCACUGGCACGCCGGUCUUACGGCAGACAAUAGUAUAUACAUAUAUCUCCCUACCCGUGUAAGCAAUCUGUACUUUCCAGACCGUGUACAACCCAGACUGCGUCCCGUGAGUUAACUGCGCCUCCCGGUGAGAGUGGGCGACGGAACUGUGUAGUCACCCUUGCAGACAAAUCCAAGUAAGUAUGUCGCCCUUCGGUUAAACUUAUCUGCCAUGACUUGACCACAGCACUCCACGUAUGAGUCCACGCUCUGCACAUCGCGGAGGGUAAGGCUGAUGGUUGCCAGUGGCAUUAUUCCCACCGUUACCGGCUGUAAAGCGUCGGUAACUAUUUAAAGAUAGACGCCCUAUUCUGUUAUCAGAUAACAAAAUGGCGCAAUGCUAUCUCAUCUGCCCGAGGGCUGCUUGUAAAGCAGGGUAGUCCUCUUGAUCUUAAGCACUCACCAUCUCCCUUCAGGCCUAGUCUCGUCAUGUCUGCUGCAGGCCUUUCCAACUUCUCUGAGGUAUCCUCGCCCGACCACUUCCGAUCGCUUCUCGCGGCGGACUUGAACAGGAUUUCACUCAUCAACUUUUGGGCAUCAUGGGCAGAGCCAUGCAAGCAGAUGAAUGAGGUUGUCGCAGAGCUGGCAAAGAAGUAUCCGCAACUCUUGGUGCUACAGGUAGAUGCUGAGGAACAAGCGGACAUUUCUGAGUCUUUCGAGAUCGAAGCGGUUCCGUCGUUCAUCAUCCUUCAGGGUCACACUCUACUUGACCGCAUACCUGGUGCAGACGCCGCCACCUUGACAAACGCUAUUGCGAAGCACGUCCGCGCUCCGUCGACCAUAUAUCCGCAAUCAUACACCGACAAGGCCCCAGCAGCACCCACAGAGAAAGCGGACUCGACGGAGGAACUCAGCAAGCGCUGCAACGAUCUGAUGAACCAGUCCAGAGCCGUCCUUUUCAUGAAGGGCAGCCCGGACGCACCUCGGUGCGGCUUCUCCCGCCGAAUCGUCUCGCUCCUCCAAGACGAGAAAGUCGACUUCUCGCAUUUCGACAUUCUCUCGGACGAGGCCGUGCGUCAGCAGCUCAAGGUUGUCAAUGAUUGGCCCACGUUCCCUCAGCUCAUCAUCAAUGGCGAGUUCGUCGGCGGUCUCGAUGUCGUGCAGGAGAUGGUCGAGAAUGGCGAGUUGAAGGAAAUGCUCCAGUGAAAUGCGCAUCGUAUGCUUUUAUCUGAUAGAUGUAUUACAUUCCUUGAUGGUUGAAUUUCCAUGUAUAUCUUCAAGUUUAACGACAUCUGGUUGAUUCGAGUUGUGAGUUGUGAGUGGUACUAAGACUUACAUCACAUGGUGUGCCACCAAACCUCACGAGUCAUUUUGUGGAGACCAAGUUCUCCACAACUGUGCCGCUGUCGUCACAUGUGUGUUU